CCUGAUCUGUGCGGUCUUGCCUCUUCGCCAUCGCAAUCUUAGAGGACUGAGGCUGUUAGAGAAACCUUCAUCCAACCUUUGUCUGAUUUCAAAGACUUCAAGAAAGAAAACACAUUUCCAGGAUAUUUCUAGAAGGAAAGGAGCACUGAAGAGUCAAAAUGCGUGAAUGUAUCUCUAUCCAUGUCGGCCAGGCCGGAGUCCAGAUGGGCAAUGCCUGCUGGGAGCUGUACUGUCUUGAGCACGGCAUCCAGCCUGAUGGUCAGAUGCCCAGUGACAAGAGCGUUGGGGGAGCCGACGACUCUUUCAAUACGUUCUUUAGUGAGACUAGUGCUGGCAAACACGUUCCCAGGGCUGUGCUGAUGGAUCUCGAACCCACUGUAGUUGAUGAAGUUCGCAGAGGUCCGUACCGCCAGCUCUUCCACCCUGAGCAGCUGAUUACGGGCAAAGAGGAUGCCGCCAACAACUACGCCAGAGGGCACUACACCGUCGGCAAGACUAUCAUCGAUCAAGUUCUGGACAAGAUCAGGAAACUGGCUGACCAAUGUACCGGUCUUCAGGGUUUCCUGAUCUUCCAUAGUUUUGGUGGUGGUACAGGUUCUGGGUUCGCAUCCCUGCUGAUGGAGCGCCUCUCUGUUGACUACGGCAAGAAGUCCAAGCUGGAGUUUGCCAUCUACCCUGCCCCACAGAUCUCCACAGCCGUGGUCGAGCCAUACAACUCUGUCUUGACCACCCACACCACUCUUGAGCACUCAGACUGUGCCUUCAUGGUUGACAACGAGGCCAUCUACGACAUCUGUCGUCGUAAUCUCGACAUCGAGAGACCGACCUACACCAACCUCAAUCGUCUCAUUGGUCAGAUCGUGUCCUCCAUCACUGCUUCACUUCGCUUCGAUGGUGCCCUCAACGUCGACUUGACAGAGUUCCAGACCAACUUGGUGCCCUAUCCUCGUAUUCACUUCCCUCUGGUCACCUAUGCACCAGUAAUCUCUGCUGAGAAGGCCUACCAUGAGCAGCUGAGCGUGUCAGAGAUCACCAAUGCCUGCUUCGAGCCAGUAAACCAGAUGGUUAAGUGUGACCCUCGUAACGGCAAGUACAUGGCUUGCUGCAUGCUGUACCGCGGUGAUGUCGUCCCCAAAGAUGUCAACUCUGCUAUAGCUCAUAUCAAGACGAAACGUAACAUCCAGUUCGUCGACUGGUGUCCAACUGGCUUCAAGGUUGGCAUCAACUACCAGCCACCUACCGUGGUGCCUGGUGGUGAUCUGGCCAAGGUGCAGCGUGCCGUCUGCAUGCUGAGCAACACCACCGCCAUCGGUGAGGCCUGGGGUCGUCUGGAUCAUAAGUUUGAUCUGAUGUACGCCAAGCGUGCCUUCGUUCACUGGUACGUAGGAGAGGGUAUGGAGGAGGGUGAGUUCUCUGAGGCUCGUGAGGAUCUGGCUGCCCUGGAGAAGGACUACGAAGAGGUUGGGAUUGACUCUGCAGCCCAAGGUGGUGACGAUGAUGAAGCUGGAGGGGAAUUCUAGACACGGGAGGAAACAUCUCCCAAUCAACCAAAUUAAACCUUAAAUCAUGUGAACUGUCGGUUGAUUUUUUUAAUAUUUUUUUUUUUAAUGUGAAACCUAUGUGCCUCAUCGUGCACAAAAUGGAGCAAGUUCGAAUGCGCACUACUGAUUAGCAACGUUCAUGCGCAGUGACGCACUCACUCACGACUCGUUUGGAAUCCUAGUCAGCCAUUAUAGAUACCACGGUUUUCAACACUUCAUAUCGUUCUGCGUUCUCGCUAUACUGUCACUGGUUCCCGUCCCCUCUGUACUUUACACUAUGUUAGCAUGGAACAGGCUAUUGGUAUCUGUGGAAAAAAAAACACGGUCAUGAGGCUGGUUCCAAAUGGUCGACCACAGUCAACCAAUGGUUGACCAGCCUGGGUUCGAGUCAAAAUAGUCAACCCCUGUAAUUAUAGUCUCUAAAUAAGUUCUGCAAAGAACCGUUGAGUUAAAACGAACGUUUCUUUUCAGAACCACCCCAACUCGUUUAGAUAUAAUUACCGCAAACCUUUCUGUAUUGUAUUUCCACCAUGCAAAGUUUCAAAUCCAACAAUCCUUUGAUAGUUAACCAUGGUGCGCACUCGAACUUGCUCAUGGCUGCUAUGCGUCUUAAGAAAGUUCAUGUGCUUUGAGGAUGAAAGUUAGCAUCAAGCCAUGAAACAAAAGUAAAAGCUCUUGAACAAACAAAAAACAGCAAAAGAAGGAUGAUUGUAUCCCUGUGCAUUCAGUUAGCAGAGACAGUAUUAAAAGUGUUUUUUUUUAUUUAUUAAAUUGACAGCUUGAAAAUUGUAAGUUUUUAAAGUGACAUAAAAAAACACAAUUUUAAUUUAGUUUUGAUUAUUAAUUGUUAUGCCUAAGUUUAUGCAUUCCGUCCCAGUCUUUCAAAAUAAAUAAUUAAAACUGAUUGAAACGAACAAAAAAAGUUUAUCCGAUCAAAAAGAACGUCAUGGAGUUAGCACAUUGUUUAAAUUAUUAUUAUUGUCAACAAUAUUUGAAUGUGUCUUUUGGUUUGAGUUGGAGAAGUUGCACAUACAAAUGUUUUGUACUUUAUGGUCUUCCACAAAGUAAAGAGGUUCAACUAAAAAACUCAUUAGCGAAUUAGACCCGUUUACAAUUGCUACACUCGCACAGGCCUACUGGGUCUAAUUUCAUAAACCCUGCUAAGCACCGGAUAAUAUUGCUUAGCGAAAAUAUAACUUACCAGCCAUCAUUCCAUUAUUGCGACUGGUGUCCUACUCAUUUUUCUUUCUUGUUCUUUUUUCUUAGCAAACAAAUAAUUAAGCAGUAUUUUCUGCUAAACAGCUUCAUGAAACUGGCCCACGCAGUAUAGGUCUAAUAAACAAUUAACCCUAAAAGAAACCUAAAAAACGAAGACACCUGUAUUUCCUUAACAUAAACGAAAAUCUGCAAUCACCUACAUGCAUUCUAGAUUUUUAUCUAUCUGAAAAGAACCACCCAACAUGUUGGCCCAAAAUUUGAAAGCAUGAUCCACUGAUAUAGUCGAAUUAGUGGCUUUUCGUUUUAGUCAAACAGUUUGAGUAGUUUGAAGAAGUGAAAUUCAUAUUUUUUCCAUUGCAAAACACAAAUGGAUUUUCCCAGGGUUUGGAAUUAAGACACAUAGGCCAUAGGCCUAAGACUUUUCCACCAAAUUAAUUGUACAUGGUAAUUAGGUUUUAAUGCAUUGAAAAGCGUGUGUGGCUUUGGAGGGCGAUGAUUUGUUACGGUGUUCAAAAUGUGCUGAGUAUUUAUUUGAAUAAACCAAAAUAAGUGUACAUUGAUUUAAAAA